GACGGCGUAGUGGCAGCGUAGCAGACAGCGCGCGGGCGCUCGGGUGUUUUUUUGAUAAGAGGCUUAUUUUUUUUUUCUCAUCACAAGUUUUUUCGCGUAAUUUUCAAGAUUUAAUAAAAAAGAAAUAUUCAUCCACCGGGAGUAGAGAUAAAAACACGAAAUCAUGGAUCCCGAAGCUUUCCUAGACAUGGCCAAUCAGGUCAUUAAAUUAAAAAUGUUCCCGUACUUUGACAUUGCACACUGUGUAUUGUGCGCGUUGCAUGUCAGGGAAGACCUAGGACCCGGAGCGCAAGCAUUUUCAAGGAAACAUCCGCUAUCAUGCUGGCUGUCGACGAUGCUGGUUGUUUUUGCUGGUGGCAUGUUGUGCAAUGGUUUACUUGGAGAGCCAGUUCUUGCCCCCCUCAAAAACACCCCACAAUUAGUAGUCGCCACCGUCGUCUGGUAUGUAAUAUUUUACACACCAUUUGAUGUUGGGUAUAAAGUAGCGAAAUUCCUGCCAGUAAAAAUAAUAUGCUCAGCUAUGAAGGAAAUAUACAGGUGUAAAAAAGUCUAUGACGGUGUCACACAUGCAGGGAAACUAUAUCCAAAUGCUUAUCUUAUAAUGAUUCUCAUUGGAACACUAAAAGGUAACGGCGCUGGAUUCACUAAAUUGUUUGAGCGACUUAUUCGUGGUGUUUGGACACCAACGGCUAUGGAAUUCAUGCAGCCUAGUUUCCCGACAAAAGCAUCUAUGGUUGCCUCGAUCAUAUUUGUGCUUGAUAAGAAAACUGACAUAAUUUCUGCACCCCAUGCUCUUGUUUACUUCGGCAUUGUGAUCUUCUUCGUUUACUUCAAGCUGUCUUCUAUUCUACUCGGUAUCCAUGAUCCCUUUGUUCCUUUUGAAAACCUGUUUUGCGCUCUUUUCAUGGGAGGAAUCUGGGACUCGUUGGCAAAAUUACUUGGACGAGGCCAAACAAAAGAUGAAAAGACAGACUCCAAGAAAACCAAUUGAAGUUAAU